AAGCGAGCCACAACCAACGCCCUCUUCGUUUGCUCUAUCUCCAAUUAGAAACCUACGAACACUUCACUCCAACUACCACAUUACCAAUCUCAAUUCAAUUCCUCUUUCUACCUUUCACAACUACAUCACACUCAACAUGUCCACCUCCGGAUCCGGUCAAUCCAGCGUCGGCAGCCGUGCCAUCUACGAGGCCGGCGACCAGCGCAACGUCCCCCAGGCCGAGUUGAACGAACGUGCCCGCUACGCCGAGGGCCAGACGCACAGCCACAAGAACCUCGACUCCAAGGACCAGCGCUCCAUCGCCAACAAGCUCGCCUCGCAAGAGAACAAGCCCGAGAGCGACCACCACCACAACUUCGACAAGGACCCCGAGGCCGAGCUCAGCAAGCAGGAUCCCACGAAGCCUGCUAAGCUCCACGGCAACGCGCCCUCCAAGGGCGCUCAGAUCGACGCCGAGCUUCAGGCGGAGGAUGAGCAGAGACUCAAGGAGAAGGGAAUCAAGAAAUAAGCGCUGAAAAGCUGGUCUUGCGUGUAUAAUUUUCUUGGUUUCCUCCUUUUUCCUCUUCUAUGUUACGGGUAUAUUUUUAUGACGACUUUGAAAUGUGAUGAUCGCAUGAGCGUAACUAUUGU